UUCAAAUUCUACAUCCCAAACUCACCUCAGUUAAUGACUAUGUGGGCUUCUCUAAACCAGAGACUUUUCAUUUUCCUCCUCGUGCUGCUACCAUUUAGCAGAAGAAGAAUGAGGAAGAGGAGACAGAAUUUGGGUUUUUGAAAUGGAUUUCAUGCGCUUUACCAAUUCUCUGGAGACCUGGGUGAUUGAGGGCCCCCAGGAGAGAGUAGCUAUGGAGGGCCAGUGGGAAGGAGGUGAAUCUGGAGAUUCCCUCAUGCUUUCAGGGGCCACUUUCAUGUCUAAAUCUAACGUGGGGACACUGAUGCGGUCUGAUACAGAGGAUUCUGGGGUGGAGAUCUGUUCUGAGGCUUCUCUCCCCUCCUCUCCUCCCUCUGUGUCCACGAGUAAUACAGAUAUUGAUCCUGCAGUCAGUGACGAGGAUGGAUUCCCCUCUACCUCUUCUCCAUGCUCUCCUGUCCUCUCUCUGCCAUCUUCCUGCUCCUCUUCCUCCCUGUCCCUCUGCCCCAGGGCUCAGCGGCACAGGGAGCUGGCUGCGGUCAUGCACCUAAAAUUGGAGCAGGCACUGAGGAGGGCAGACUCUGGAGACAGAGACGCUGUGCCCCGACAGCGGUGUCACACGGCUUCACUACCAUCACCUCACACAGUGACCCAUAUACAGAGGGCAAGUCACAGGUCAGGGAGUGUUGGUCUGAGGAGGACAGUCAGCCAGUCAGUAGUGGAAGAACAGGCCUCAACGGCUCUGCUGCAGCACAGAGGAGGGCUCUACCCACAUCACAAGACACUGCCUGCUCAGACAGACACAGAGAUCAGGGAGAAGGAUGUGUGUGAGGAGGAGUAUGAGGGGCUCACCCCUGGGCUGGGCUACCUGGAGCAGGUAUGCCGGAUGCUGGAGGAGAUCGCCAGGCUACAGCUACGUAACCUAGGGUUACAGGUGGAGAUGGAUGCUCUCCGGGAGCAGCAGGGGAGCCAGAAUUCAGAACGCAACCAGUGUGACUUCAAGGCUUCUGAGGAAGGCGGCCCCUCUGCCAAUGAAAGACUUGAAGUCAAAGAUUAUGAGGACUUACCCUGCCAAUCAUCUCAUAGCAAUAGUAAUGUGCAUCAGCAUUUUCGACAUAGGUCAACAUCGGACACAGUACUCAUGAUGGGACAUCUAAAGAAGGGGAUGGAAGUGUCUGGAAGGAGGUCCCGGACUAUAGACGAUCUGCUUGAGCAUGAAAAGCAGGAGAAAGAAGAAUCGGGAAAGAAAGAACAGGGAAGUAGGUCAAAGACCUGGAAGCUGAAGAUUGGCUCUCUGAGGAGGGAGACCACAGAGAAAACCAGCCAACAGAUGAAUUCAUCCGUGAAGAAAGCUAGCGGGCGUUGGUUGGGACAGCUGUUCAGGAGCAGGAAAGCUGUGCCAGAAUGAGAAGAGCAGAAUGUUCCAACAUUACAGUCAUUGGUAACAUUCCUCCUCUAAGACUUGGAGAAUGAGGACAUAUACUGUAGCACUUUUUACAUAAAGCUGUGGAUGAAUAGGACAUUUUAAAACGUUUUCUCCUCUCAAGGGUUUUUACAUGACAUCUGUUUAAGCAGUAAGGCCCGAGGGGGUGUGGUAUAUGGUCAAUAUACCAUGGCUAAGGGCUGUUCUUAUGUAUGACGCUACGUUGAGUGCCUGGAUACAGGCCUUAGCCAUGGUAUAUUAGCCAUAUAUUACAAACC